AUGAAAGCCGUUUUAAUCUCUGAUUGUCACAUUGGAGCACAAUUACAAACUGAUAUCGCAGUCAAAUUAUUUAUCGACACACUUAAUGCACUUGUUUCUAACGAGGAUCCCACAGUUGUUUUCAUUCUCGGUGAUUUAAUAGAUGGAACUCAAUCAGAAGCAUUACUUAAAGUUGUAUUGACUGAACUUGAAAAGCUUCCAGUUCCAGUUUACGCAAUAGGCGGUAAUCAUGACCGUGAAUUUUUCAGUCUUAUAAAUUGGCCAAAGAAUAGCAACGUCAAAAUUUUCCAAGAACUUGCCAUUCAAAUUACUGCUCAGAGAGCUGGAAAGCCUGAUAUCAAAGCAUUCUUGGCUCAUGAUUUGUUAAAUAAUUAUCGAGUUCGCGACCCUCAUGCAUACUUCUUUGUUUCCUGGAUCAAAGAUGGAUGCAAACAGUAUAUAAAGCCGGACGAUUGGCUCAUUACUGGACAUACACACUGCGGAUUUUUGAGUAAUGCAAGUAGAAUAGCUUGUAUUGGUCAGUUUUCUCCAGAAAUUAAGGCAUUUGGAUAUGCUACAUUGCAGUUCAAUCAGGAUUUGGUCUUAUCAAUCAAAAACUCUUUGAAAUCUACAAACUUCCGCUAA